CUUAAAUCUAGCCUACUCUGGAGAAAACGCACUGCGAUGCCUUUGAGCAGGUCCGCUGCCGUAAAACAGGCUUUUGAAUAAAAAUGAAUUAAAAAGCGUACUUGAGUAACCGCAAGGACAAAUCAGCCUGUAAUCGUCCGUAGAAAAACGUAAAAUGUUCCACCCCUAGCGUCCAUGCAGAGAUCAGAACUCUUGCAUGCGGGAUUCCUGCCCGGUCUUCUCUGUAGGACCUGUGCUGAGUGGAUGAACCUGUACUAGAUCAGAACCACCAGCUCUGUCGAAAGCCAGCCUCAUAAGAGCCGUUUCUGCCAUAGAAUCAGAGGACAUUUCCCAACCGACAGAGCUGUCGCACUGGCGAUGAGUUCCACUGUCACUGUUGCUAUACGCAUCCCAUCAAGCACCUGGGCGUAGUCAAGCGCAGGUGGUCUGCCUACUCCCGUCCCCGGUCUCUCGGCGUCCGUCCCCAUGGCGACGGCCUCGGCUGGGCACAACAGCAUGGGGGCCCCCGCGCCUGGUUGCCAGGCAGCAGUGGCUUUGUUUACACCUGCAGUGGGAUCGGUACAGCAAUUACAGUUGCCCAGGGGCCAGGUGAAAGCUGGAGGAGCUUUGCACCGUCUCAAGGAACAGCGGGAAAGCGGGGGGUCAACAAUGUGACGCAAAUCCACUGCAAACACCUCCCCAGUGGAAACGAGGCGUUUUGCUCUCAUCUUUGUAAAGAAAUGGACUUACAGCGCUAGUGUCUCCCUUCGCUCUCACCUGGCUUUGGCUUGUGCUUCUCUGGGGAUUGCUGCUGUGUGCGAUGGAUGGAGGAGUAGGGGGGUGUGAGUGCCCACUGGCGACCAUUUUGGCUCAGUUUCCCCCCGAGCUACCUCACGAGUCCUGCUGCCUGAAUUACUCAGGCUCCUCCUUCGCCAGUGUGACGUGGGCCUUGUUCUCCGACGUGAGGAACCUGGAGGUCCUCGACCUGUCGGACUGUAACAUCACGCACCUCCAGGACGCCGCCGCUUCGCCCGCCUGGCUGAGGGAGGCGUAUCUGGGCCGCAACAUGCUCAGGAAGCUUCCGGAGGGCUUCCUGGCUAACGCCACCCAGCUCAGAGUGCUGGACCUCGGGGGGAACUUCCUGGAGAGGCUGCCGGACGACUUCCUGCAGGGCUCUGUCCGUCUCCGGGAGCUGCGGCUGGUCUCCAACCGCCUGGCCGUCCUCCCGCGCGGCGCGCUCCAGCCCAGCCUGGAGCGCCUGGAACUUUCUGGAAACGUGUGGGACUGCUCCUGCGCCCUGGUGGAGGACCUGCAGGGUCGCCAGGGCAACGACAGCAGCUGGCAGGGCGCGGUCGGGAACCUGACCUGCGCCUCGCCCGCCUGGCUGGCUGGCCGGAGCGCGUGGUCGGUGCGGACGGGCGACGUGUGCCAGGGCCCGACCCUCACCGUCCUGUUCAUCCUGGUGCCGCUGCUCCUCCUCCUCGCCCUGGGGCUCUGCUGGUGCUGCGGGAGGAGGAGGAAGAAGAAGAGGAAGGAAGCCGGCCUCCGUUCGACCAAGUGGGUCCCCGACCCGGGGGCCACCAACGCGCAGCACCGAAACGGCUCGCAGCACGAGCGGCGGCGCGGGCGACCCAGGCCGGGCGGGGCGCCCGAGGCGGGAGGGGGGAUGGGGCGAGACGUGCUCCUGAAGAACCAGCUGAUGUUCCGGCCGUCCUCCGACCUCCUCGGCAGCAGCAGGGACCUGUACGAGGAGGUGGAGGUCAAGCUCGGCUCCGCCGACUCCCUGGCCCCGCCCCCUUCCGAGGACCUCCCCGCGGCUCCCGGCCUGGAGGCCCGGGAGCCGUCGGAGGGCCAGGGGGAGGACGACAGGGCCGACCCGGAGACGGUGAGCGUCACCGAGGUGAUGAAGGACUCGGCGGACCGGGAGAAGGCCUACCUGGCCCAGUCCACGGAGUACUACAGCCUGGUCCCCGGCAUCGACCUGGAGGACUCGGACCACGCCGAGUACGAGAGCGUGGACCUGUCGUGAUGACGGCCUCGGGGCUGGGGCCCUGUCCAGCAGCUCCGCUCAAGGCCCUGUCCAGCAGCUCCGCUCAAGGCCCUGUCCAGCAGCUCCGCUCAAGGCCCUGUCCAGCAGCUCCGCUCAAGGCCCUGUCCAGCAGCUCCGCUCAAGGCCCUGUCCAGCAGGUCCGCUCAAGGCCCUGUCCGGCAGCUCCGCUCAAGGCCCUGUCCGGCAGCUCCGCUCAAGGCCCUGUCCAGCAGCUCCGCUCAAGGCCCUGUCCGGCAGCUCCGCUCAAGGCCCUGUGCAGCAGCUCCGCUCAAGGCCCUGUCCAGCAGCUCCGCUCAAGGCCCUGUCCAGCAGCUCCGCUCAAGACCUUUACCGGACUUUACUGGAGUCUCACAGUCACACCCGAGGAGCGCGUCUGUCACUGUGAACCGUCUGCAUCCUCACAGUCACACCCGAGGAGCGCGUCUGUCACUGUGACCUGUCUGCGUCCUCACAGUCACACCCGAGGAGCGCGUCUGUCACUGUGACCUGUCUGCGUCCUCACAGUCACACCCCAGGAGUGCGUCUGUCACUGUGAACCGUCUGCAUCCUCACAGUCACACCCGAGGAGCGCGUCUGUCACUGUGACCUGUCUGCGUCCUCACAGUCACACCCGAGGAGCGCGUCUGUCACUGUGACCUGUCUGCGUCCUCACAGUCACACCCCAGGAGUGCGUCUGUCACUGACCUGUGUGCAUCCUUCCCCAGGUUACUAACCCGGGGGGGAUUUUUAACACUAAGCCUGGUUAAGGGAGAAUGAAUAUCGACGUUACAAAUUUACAAGUUUGUGACCGAGGAAAUCCAGAACUGAACUUUUUAUUGUUUAUCAAUAAAUUAUGACUUUUGUUAAACUAAUUUGUAAAUUUGCUUCACAAAUUGUUUUAUGACACUUUUUAUACAUUUUAAAACAAUAGAAUGCAGUUUGUAAAUUUUACAUUGUCUUCUUAUAGGCUAUAAGCAGUUAAAAGUUUGUUGCCAUGAAAAUAUAUGUAAAUAUUUUUCCAUUCAUUUCUUGUUUGACUUGUUACUAUGACAAUGUUCUGGUGGUUGUCUGUGUAUUUAUCUGUGUGUUUUAUUCUGUACUAACUCACUUGCCUUUAAAUACAAUUCAAGUCAAUCAAAUUUCUUAAUUAAAACAUUUUAAUGCCAUUAA